CAGUGUCGCAAGUAAAGCUGCUAGAGUACUCCAUGGAAACGAGUCAGCGGACGGAGUUUUGUUGUCACUCCUGGGGAGCAAACAGCUACGGGCAGCUGGGACAGGGACAUGUGGAGGACCAGUCAGCCCCCCGGCUCGCAGACAUCACUCCUCUUCAAAACACGGCUGUUCGGGCUGUUAGCGGCGGCGGAGGUCACUCCGUGGUUAUCACCGAGAAUGCCAAGGUGUUUGUGUGCGGACAGAAUGACAAAGGACAGCUGGGACUUGGACACUGUGUAGACAGACUCACUUUUCAGCUGUGCUGCAGCCUGAGCCAGAGGAUCACAAAAGUAGCCUGUGGUUGGGAUUUUACUCUUCUCCUCACUGAUUGUGGUCAAGUGUUUGCAUGUGGCUCCAAUGCAUUCGGACAACUGGGUGUCGGAGAGACAGUCAAACAUUCUUCCGAACCUCUGGUUAUUGAGAGUCUGAAGGAGUCAGUGGUGAGUGUAGCAGCAGGACUCAGACAUUCAUUGGCUGCUUCUGACUCAGGCUGUGUAUAUCAGUGGGGGCGUGGUCUUUGCAGUCACGCCAAGAGAGCCCUGAGUCCACAUCCUGUCCCAUCACACCUUAACUCCACAGUGCCCUCUGUAGUACCAGGUCUGGAUCAGAAGACACACAUGGUGUCAGCAGGGUCAGUGCAUUGUGUGUGCCUCACAGGAGGCGGUGAUGUUUUUCUUUGGGGAAGCAACAAACAUGGCCAGCUGACCAGCACAGAGCCUUUCCUGUCCUCUCCCUCUCUCAUGAAGCGCUCACUUCUGGGUGGAGAAAAAGUUGUCCAUGUGUGGAGUGGCUGGACUCAUAUAGUUGCUCAAACAGAGACUGGGAGAGUGUUCACAUGGGGCAGAGGAGAUUAUGGACAGCUUGGCCAAAAAGCAUCACCCAUUCAGAACCCUGAGCAGGAGUCCGUGGGUCCUUCAGCUGGAGGUCCAAACAAGAAGGCUUGCCUGCCCACAGAGGUUAAAGCACUCCAUGGAGCGGCACAGAUUGCCUGUGGAUCAGAACACAACCUCGCCAUUGUUGGGGGGAGUCUCCUCUCCUGGGGCUGGAACGAACAUGGGAUGUGCGGAGACGGUUCACAGACCGACGUCCUUCAGCCACAGCUCGUUUCUGGGCUCAAACCUCUUCUCAUUGGCUGUGGAGCUGGACACUCUAUGGCAGUGUGUGCUGAGAUGACUGACUCAAGACAAAACUCUGCAAUGAUUCCACUUCAGAGACAUUGAAACAGGAUAAUAUAUUCAGCAUGUUGCACUUGGAGAAAAGAAAAACAGAAUGCAUUUUUGAGUGUACAUAAUUCUACUUGAUUUAGUUUUAAAAAUUGGCGGCUCAGCCUGCAUACAGUUACUUUAAGUGCCUUUAAAAUUACAGCAUUUUCCAUCUUCUAAGAGGCCACCUGAGCUCUUUGAAAGGUCCGACUCAAAUUGCAGUUGUCAUAAAUGUUGCUUUGUGCUUGGACACAGGCUGAGUUAUGUCAAAUGAGGACAGAUGCCAUCAUUUCUCUGGCCAGCCCAUCACUUUGAUGGACAUGACGAGGGACAAUAGCUUUGCAGGACAUGGCCAGUGCUUAUGGCUCCUCGGCCACCUGCCAUGUUUGUCCUCCUGAGUGAGGCUGUUAUGGACCGUGUGAAGGAUGGGCAAGUCUGGUGCUAUAGCUCCAUCUUCCCCAUGUCAGCUGUUUUAUUGCUGUGAUCUUGAGUGUCAGGAGGCAGUCAAUCUCUGCACUUCAUACUGAAAAUACCUCGGCCAUCUUGUGAUUUACCACUAACAUGCUUUUCACUUUUCUGGAAACUGUCCAUCAAUAUUUUGUGUCCUUGUCGGUCUGUGUGAGACUCUUUGAUCUUCUGUUUGUCCUAUUUGCAACACUUUGACACUGUACACCUUAAUCCCUCUUGGGGGGAAGUUCGUCAGCCGUGUUUGACCCGGCUUGCAUAUUUAUAAACUGUGGGCGCCCGCAGUGCAGCAAACGGGGACCGACUGUAGGUCUGAAGCCAUUGCUCCUCAAGGGUAAUGGCAGGAGAUAGAAUGGCUAAUGGAUUAUAGUUCUGCAAUUUAAUUCUAUAUAUUUUUUUGGAUUUUAUGAUUUUAUUGAUUUUAUUAUGCAAUUCAAUAUAAAAAAAAACAUUCACAUCUCUGAAAUUAUGCAUUAAUGUAUUUUUUUCACAUCUCUGAAAUUAUGCAUUAAUGUAUUUUUUUUCACAUCUCUGAAAUUAUGCAUUAAUGGAAUUUAAAUUAAAAGUGCUUUUACCUGGAUUAGAUUAAAAAAAAUCAACACUCACUGAAAAAAGAUAAAUUCUGUGUUUUUUUUAUUUAUCACUAUUUAUUGUACAAGCCUGAAGUGUAUUUGUCAAAAAAGACACAACAAACCAAUCAAAACGAUCACUGAUCACCUUAUUGAGAUAACUAACCACAAAAUACAGUGUUCAAAACACACACUCUGAAGUCUCACUAAACGGCUACAUUAGUUGCCUCUUUGUUGUGUUAUUGAGUCAUUCAUUGAUUAUAGCAUUUUGUAUAUAUGUUUGUGUAUGUGUGUGUGUGUGUAUAGGUGUGGCUGACAUUGAGCAGCACACUGUCCCAAAAUUUGUGCUCAGCUCUCUUGGCAGAUUGCGAGCUGCUGUUCCUGACUGCACACUGAUCUUAGUCGGCUGUUGGCAGUGUGUUUGCACUUGUUUGGUAAAAAGUUGGUCCCUUGUUACUAACUUUUCUACACAAACAAUGAAGUUGUAAUUUGAACUCAAUGGCUCUGAUUUGAAGUAGGUAUGACCCUUGCUUGUCUGUAGAAACUGCUGCAUGUGGUGGGCCUUUUUGUCUGAUAACUUGUUUUCAACAGCUGAUGACUAAUUUGAAAUAAAGAAACAUUUAUUCA